AUGAUUUUAGCAUCAUUCUUUACAUCUUUAGCCCGUUCGAAAAGCAUUGCUAUCGAUUUAGGUACAGCUGUAACUAAAUCAUCAGCAUUUAACUCCACUUCUUUUCCAACUAUGACAGAAAACUCAGAAUCAAAGAGAUUGACGCCAACAUGCAUUGCAUUUCGUCUUCCAAAGUCUAUCAACACAUCCAAACCAGAAUUAUUUACGAAUGAAGAAUUAGAAGAAGCAAUUCCUUCCAUCGGCCAAAAAGCAAGUGGACAAAUUGAUUUCCGUCCACAUCUUGGCGCCGGAUACUUCAUGUACCAUAUAGAUACAGAUGACGAAGUAUCAAAGAAAUUUGAAAAAACCGUGUUUUUAAACAAAUCAAUUUCUCGUUUUGACUUCGAAGAUACGCUCGCCUUGUACUUAAACAUGUACGCAACAAGUGUGUCCGCUGAAAAAGAAGUAAAUACCCUCUCUGUUAUCGUUCCAGCAACAUUUACCGCAAAACAGCGCGAAAUUGUUUCUAACGCCAUUAAAAACUCUAAAAACAAGUAUGGUGGCAUAAUUACCGAUAAUGAAGCCACUUUUACUUAUUAUGGUGUAGAAAGAAUCAGAAUGUUCAACGAUAAGCCACAAACAGUCUUAUUCAUCGAUAUUGGUGCAACCUCUAUCAAGGCAUACGCUGGUCGCUUCGUUCUUAUUAAGAAUACUAAGCUUCCAACAGCAAAUGUUAACAUUACAAAAUUAUCAUAUGCAAUUUCUAACAAAGAAGGUGGCGCUUUCGUCACAUCACGCAUGGUAAACCAUUUCAUUAAGACACACAACCUCAAAAACCUUACACCAGCUGAAUAUCGUAGAUUAUUCACUGCAUGCGAAAAACUUAAAGCCGCAAUUUCAUUUAGCGCUAUCCAUCAGUCCUCCACUGUCGUAGAAGACGUUGGAGGUCACGAGGAACUCAGAUUAGUCAUAAAAGAAGAAGAAUUACUUCAAAUGAUCAAACCAGUAUUCGAAGAAGCCACAAAAGUGGUCAAAGAGGCCACAAACAAUGUCACUUUUGACACUGUUCAAAUCAUUGGCGGAUCAUCGAGAUUAUUCAACCUUACGAACAAUUUACAAGAAGUUCUCAACAUGACAAUCAAUGCCAACUUGAAUGCCGACGAGACUGUCGCAUUUGGAGGUGGCUACGUCAUGCAAUAUAAUCAUAAACAUUCAAGAUUGUCAGCAAUCGGCUGGUCCGAUGAGUAUCCAGUACUAUCUGUCGAAGUAGAGUACAAUUCAAAGACCGAACCAGUCUGCCAAAGAGGAAUUAACUGUACAAAUGAAAUAAAUUUGACGGAUGUCGAAAACGAGAUUACUUUGAAGUACAAACAGUCCGAAUUACCACUCCCUGUCAAGCAUCUCACCUUCCCAUACACAAUUUACAACAAUUCGAAGACAAAUCUGACUGCAUUUUUCAGAAAGUCGAUAGUUGCUCUUGAAAAGCUUCAUAAAUAUGAUAACGAGACCAACUUCACUACAGUCAGCUUCGGAUCACCCUCUGUUUCUAUUUCCCAUUCACAAUAUGUUUCUACAGUCCUCAGAACAAUGGCCAAACGUAGGAAUAUCGCCAACGCACGCAUGAAACUCGAGCAACUGACCCAUAAAAUCUUGGACGAUAUCGAAUACAACGAAACAUUUAAGUCAUAUAUGAGUCCAUCUCAAGUUGCUGUAGUUACUAAUGCGGCCAAUAAGAUGAAGACAUGGAUAAAUGAUCACGCUGAUAAGGUAAAGAACGAAUCCUUGUUCACAGCUCCUUAUCAAGAACUUAUGAGCUACGUACAGCCAGUUUGGGACAGAAUUGAAGAGCGCACCAAACUCCAACAGUUCGAGCAGCUCUUGAGAUCAACAGUCCAGAGACUAAUGAUGACUUCACUCCUUGAGUGGCCGGUCAAUAAAUCAUGGAUUCCGGCCUAUGAAGUCAAACAUUUCUCAGACCUUUUGAAUGCAACACAGAUGAUGGGCAUGAAACUCACACAGCAAUUGAAGGAAGUUCCUCUUUAUGAGAAUAUUGAUAUUAAGUCAAAUGAGAUCAGAGAGAAUGCAAUUAAGCUUCUUGAGGAGUUCCAGAGGAUUGACAAUAUACCAAAGCCUGUAGAAAAGACUAAGAAAGAAGGAUUCUUCUCUAAAGUGAAGAAUUUCUUCGGAUUUGGCGAUAAAAACAAGAAGUAUGUUGAUCCAACAGAGUCUAAGUCAACACCAACUCCAACUCCGCCAAAGUCAACGCCAAAACCAAAGCAAACUGCGAAGCCAGCUUCAUCAGAAACUCCGAAGCCAUCUCCUUCAGCAGAACCUGAAAAGAAGAAGGAGGAUGACCAAAAUAAGAAGGAAUUGUAA